AUAUAACUAAAUUGUUUAAGUGUAAUAAUCCGGAUUAACGAGGUGUAGAUCCGAUUUUCAAGGGUAACGAGAUUUUCUACAUGUGCGGAGUGUGAGUUGAAGUGGAGAAGCGUGCAUUUGUUCAGACUUGCGCCUUACGUGAAGAUAGGUCAUUGCUCAUAGGUAGCUGCAUGGGGACUUGAUUAAUUAGCUAAAAUAGUAAGAAAAUUAAACUAAGAUUCGUACGAUUAUUUAUCUCACACAUCAUCGUUUUAUCCGCGUACAAACAUAUAGCAUCUUGUGUUAGCUUACCACAUUUUCCAAAUCGUUUCACACGUUUUCCUAAAAUCUCAUUAAUUUCUUUAUAAUCUAGUCAAACAAAGAAAAUCGUUAUUCCCGCUGGAGACUUUUUAAUGUACAACGUUAAAUAUUUUAUUAAACACUGAACAUGCUUCAAAAACUAUCCGCUUGUGAGUUGUGAUUUACAUACUUUUAUAUGGGGUUUGUAAUAUUAACAUUUGAAUAUACAUAGCUUUUAUCUUCUCUGACGUGAAAACCCGGGAAGUUAUGUGUAAAUUAAGUUUUGAAAAUUCAAUUUUAAAACAAAGAUUUUUUUUGUAAAUAAGUUAAUAGUCAAUAUAUAAGAAGGACAUGCCAUGUUUGCAUGAUGCCAUUGACGUGAAUACGAUUAGAGUUAUCGAGUUUCCAAUUGCGGAAAACGCUAAGGUUUGUUUUUUUUAACUGACAGACAAUAGCAAUAUGUCAAUAUUCAUGGAAUGACCCUAUUAUGCUGAGGGUUUAACUAGUCUUGUACGUAUAAAAUAAUUUUAUAUCUAUUGCCAAUUUGCUGUAUAAUGAGUUCUUUGAUUUCAGGAGGACUAAGAAAAUCAAAGAACUAAGAGACAAUUAAAUAUGAGUAUGUGGGCUGAUCUCAGCGAUAAAUUAGACGAGAAGGUUUUGGAAGACUUGACGUCCAAUGUGAAACAAAUGCAAGACGAUGUAUUAAAGGAGAUACUCACACUUAAUGCUAACACUGAGUAUCUUAGGCCUUUUCUCCAUGGGAGUUCUGAUAAAGAGCUUUUUAAAAAGAAUGUUCCGGUGACGACCUACGACGAUGUGAAGCUUUUCAUCGAUCGUGUCGCAAAUGGAGAGCCCUUUGACGUUAUUUCUGGCAAACCUGUUACCGGAUUCUCACUAAGUUCCGGAACAUCUGGAGGAAAACGGAAGAUGUUUCCAUGUAACAAGAAAUACUUGGAAAAUUUGAACUUCAUCUAUUGUUACCGCUCACUCGUUAUAAGCAAGCAUUUUGAUGGUCUUGAGCAUGGAAAGGGAAUGGUGUUUAACUUCUGUGUUCCAGAGCAAACAACUCCCUCUGGGCUGCCAGUUUCAGCUGCGACGACGCUCUUCUUCAAGAGUGAUUACUUCAAGAACCGACCAUCGUAUUGGCAUUGGUCAUUCACAAGUCCUGAUGAAGUCAUACUGUGUUUAGACAACAAACAGAGUUUGUACUGUCAUCUUCUGUGUGGCAUAGUUCUAAGAGACGAGGUUGUGAAGGUUGGUACAGCCUUUGUUUCCACCUUGCUCCGUGUAAUUACUUUUCUUGAAAAACAUUGGAAAGAAAUUUGCACUAAUAUUCGUUAUGGCCAUCUUAGCGAGUGGAUCACUGAUAUUAGCUGUAGGGAUUCUGUUUCCAAGAUCCUUGGAGAACCUAAUCCUGAAUUGGCUGAUCUCAUAGAAAAUGAAUGCAACCAAAAGUCAUGGGAAGGUAUAAUUCAAAGACUUUGGCCUAAAACCAAAUUCAUCGAAAGCAUUGCAACCGGUCAAAUGGCUCAACACAUCCCAACGUUGGAGUUUUACUCUAACAAGCUGCCUUUGAUUUCGUCGAGUUAUGUUUCUUCGGAAACAAUGUUUGGGAUUAAUAUAAAUCCUCUUUGCAAACCACAAGAUGUGUCAUACACGUUUAUGCCCCACUUUUCAUAUUUUGAGUUCUUACUUGUUGAUGCUGGUGAUGAAGUCGAAAUUGUUGAUCUUGUGGAUGUCAAGCUAGGGUGUCAUUACGAGACUUUGGUCACAAAUCACUCUGGUGAGUUACACUUUUACUUAACAAAUAAUUUUACAUUUUUAUUUUCAGCUGAUGGAUUGGUAUUAUUUUUUUUGCUAGGCCUACACCGAUAUAAGAUGGGUGAUAUUGUACAAGUGACUGGAUUUUACAACAACGCACCUCAGUUUAGAUUUGCCCGUAGAGGAAAUUUGGUUCUAAGUGUUCAUAUGGAGAUAACUACGGAUCAAGCUCUUUUAAAUGCGGUGACACAUGCAAAGAUGGUUCUUGAAUCAUCAAAUUUGAUGUUGAUGGACUUCACAGGCUAUGCUGAUAUUUCUACCACUCCAGGUCACUAUGUUCUUUACUGGGAACUCAAAGGCAAAUAUAGCAAUGACAUAGCUAAAAUUGAUGAUAAGGUUUUAGUAGAAUGUUGUUACGUCGUGGAGGAAUCGCUGGAUAAUUUUUACAAAGAAUAUAGGAAAAAUGGAUCAAUUGGAGCUCUAGAGAUAAGAGUGGUGCAACAAGGAACUUUUGAUUCUCUCAUGGAGUUUUUCAUCAGUCAAGGUGCUUCUUCAACUCAAUACAAGACGCCCAUUUGCAUCAAAUCUACCGAGGCCAUAGCGAUCUUAGAAAGAAAGGUUCGUGCUCGAUUCUUUACCGAUAAGUCCCUUUCUUUGAAGUUUUCAUCUUAAUAUUUAUAUUUUGUAUGCAUUGGCAAAAUUUCGCAAAUAAGAGGAGACAAAAACUCAAGCUUUUCUAUCUUUAUUUUAAAGUGUAUUUUUACUUGUGCAAGUGCAAUUUGGUUUCUUACUACUUACUAGUGUGGCUGUGUUAUAUUUUCUCUAAUGCCACUUCAAGGAUUAAUGUCCUUGCAGCCCACCUUUUUGCGAUAUAAACUUUUUGAGCCUGGAGAAAUUUGAGUAAAUGCUUAAAGAAAAUACUGGAAAAAUUAAGGGAGGCCUUGAAUGUUAAGAAAACCAAAAUCCAGGAAAAUCAUAUAAGUUGGGACCCACGAUCAUACAAAUAAAAAGAAAUAAAGAAGAUAGAAAAGUGAUUUGGGGAACUUUUGGUGUAGGAACGAGAGAAAAAUGUGUGUAGAUUUAGAGAAUAGUUACAGAAUGUGUGUGAAACAUAUGUUAUGUGAUAAAUUAUAUCAAUUCCAGCGAAUGUAAAUACCAUAGACGAGUAGCUCUUAGUGAAGAGCUGAAUGAUACUUUGUUAUCUGAAAUCACGAGAGGCUACAUGCUUUACAGCUUAAAACUCAGUUAGGAACUGUCUUUAUAGCACAGCCAGAGUUUCCACCAUAACAGAGCCAUCUUAACAGAGGAAAAAACAUCUGAAGUAACAAGUUGAGAUCAAAGAGAUACUAGUAAAUAAAUAAAUACGAUCAGAACAAAAUUUCUGAAAGUUUCUGAAUGUUCUUCUUAGGACUUACACUCUUACAUACUUGAGAGUACAAUCUAGUUUUCUAGUAGACUGAAAUACUAAGAACAUAAUAGUUAACUACAAAUGAAUGUAAAUCUUCACACUUAAGUGGCUGAUCUCGAGUUAUUGAGUUAUUAACGAUGAUAUCAAAUGGUUGAGUAAUUGACAUCUUAACAAAUAGACUGCAUUUUUAUUGUUCAUGAUCAAUGUGGCAUAUGAUUUUACCUGGAGUUGCAGGUGUUGGAUCAAAUAAAAGGCCCAAUGGCUUUUAUUUAAAAUGUAAUGAAAAAUGACUUGGGCUAAAUAUUAUUAAGCCCAAAAUCAAGUCAUUUAAGUAUAUGAGAAAUGUCCCACGUCGGGGAAGUAGAUAAGAGAAGAGUUAUUUAUAUAUGUGUCUAUGACAUAAGAUUGUAAACGGCUUGAAGAGAGAUGUAGGCUUUCUAUGUGCAUGUUGCCACCGGCUGGUUGGGCGUGGGCGUGGACAUGGGUCUUGAGUCAAGGCUUCUGGGACCAAGUAAAACUCAAUGUUUUUGCCCGACAAGUAACUUAUCUAGAAAAUAAAAAUAUCAUUCAUUUUAUUCUCUCGGAAUAUUUAAACGAGAUAAGAGUGAAUCUUGGGGAAUAAUUUUUGAAAUUCAACUUCCCGUAAUCUCCGCGAAAUUUCCGCCCACGUGCAGCAACUGUUGCGGGAAGUGACUCUUGUUCUUCUAUUUAAAAUAAACCUGAUUCUCUUCAUUCAUUUCACUACUUUUUACAUCAAAACCAACAAUAAAAAAUUCCUUAGCGUAAGUCAUAAGUCUGAAAGUGUUUCGUAGAGUUUAUAGUUCGAUAGGGCGUUCACGAGUGAAGCGUGAUCGUUUCCCAUGGUUAUAUCUUGGGACUCGAUAUUCAUACAGUCUCGUCUCAUUACGGAGCAAAUAUUUAAAGUUAAGUAAAGAGAUUAUAUCUCGACUUCAUGUCUAUCAUUUUGUCUUAUUUGAAUCGUCUAUUUUCUUAAACAUAGCUUUUAUCAUAUCGUUUAUGUCAAUGACCAAUAGCAAUCCGCUAGAAUCAGAUAGUUACAAAAAGAGAGAUUCGAGCAAGCAAUAGGGUACUAGAUGAAGCACAAGAUGGAUCGACUUAUAUGUAAACCGUGCAGAAUCUUGUUUAUUUUUUUAGAAAAGUUGGACACACAUGAUUGCGAGAUAUCAAUGCAACAAGAAGACUCGAAAGCCAUUUCAGACUAAGAUAAGUAAUCGUCGUGUAAUUGUAAAAAAGAAAGAAAAGAUUUGCGUAGUUGAAAUCGUCGUGUAUGAAAAUUUCUUUUGAUUCAUAAUUCAAUCUCGAUUGUUAGUAAUAUUGUAUUUAGAUUCAACAAAAACAAUGUUGUAAUUAAGUUGUCGUUAUAUGAAUAUGAUUGUGACGGUGAUAUCUAAGCCCUUGUCAUCUUAAAGUUUAUAAUUGGAUGGGAGAAACCAUUCAGCAUUUCUUCUUGGUAUUUCUAAACAUUGUUUGGUUUUAAAUUUGGUACCAAUCUAAAUUUUAUAAAGACACCAAAAUCUAAGAUCUUAAUUAAUGAAUAUAUAUAGAUUUUGAUAUAUAUAUAUAUAGUACUCUCAUUCACUACAUAUGAUUAAUAUUGAAGAAAAUAUACGAAGAGAAGAUGAUUAAUAAGAUAAUAUUAUCAUAUCUUAAACAUAAUUGAGACCCAAUAUAUAUAAAGCAAAAGAUUACAAAGUAACAUGACAAACUUUUCAACAA